GGCGGGGCGCAGGAAGCUGGGGCGGGCCGGGUCCGGCGCCUAGGAAAGCCCCGCGCGGCGCUGGCCAGGGCAGGGCCGACCCGGGGUCCCCCACUUCCCGCUCGGGCUCCCGGACGGCGAAUGGAGCAGGGGCGCGCAGGUGCCUUGGCAUCUCCCAAUGGGGUGGCUUUGCUCUGGGCUCCUGUUCCCUGUGAGCUACCUGGUUCUGCUGCAGGUGGCAGGCUCUGGGAGCAUGAAAGUCCUGCAGGAGCCCACCUGCGUCUCCGACUACAUCAGCCUCUCUACCUGCGAGUGGAAGAUGGGUGGUCCCACCAAUUGCAGCGCAGAGCUCCGCCUGGUCUACCAGCUGGUUUUUCUGAUUUCCGAAACCAACAUGUGUGUCCCUGAGAACAACGGAGCUGCGGGGUGCGUGUGCCACCUGUUCAUGGAGGACAUGGUCGGAGCAGACAACUACACGCUGGACCUGUGGGCUGGGCAGCAGCUGCUGUGGAAAGGCUCCUUCAAGCCCAGCGAGCACGUGAAACCCAAGGCUCCAGAAAACCUCACGGUUUACACCAAUGUCUCCGAGACUCUGCUGCUGACUUGGAGUAACCCGUAUCCCCCUGAUAAUUACCUGUAUGAGAAGCUCACCUAUGCAGUCAACAUUUGGAAUGAAAACGACCCGACAGAUUCCAGAAUCUAUGACGUGACCUACCAAGAACCCACCCUCCGCAUUGCAGCCAGCACCCUGAAAUCUGGAGUUUCCUACAGGGCACGGGUGAGGGCCUGGGCUCAGAGCUAUAACAGCACCUGGAGUGAGUGGAGCCCCAGCACCAAGUGGUAUAAUGCCUACAAGGAGCCCUUCGAGAAGCACCUCCUGCUGGGCGUCAGUGUCUCCUGCGUUGUCAUCCUGGCCAUCUGCAUGUUGUGCUAUGUCAGCAUCAUCAAGAUUAAGAAAGAAUGGUGGGACCAGAUUCCCAACCCAGCUCGCAGCCCCCUCGUGGCCAUAGUAAUCCAGGAUCCUCAGGUGUCACAGUGGGAGAAGCGCCCCCGAGGCCAGGAACCAGCCAAGUGCCCACACUGGAAGACUUGUCUUACCAAGCUCUUGCCCUGUUUUCUGGAGCACAGCAUGAAAAGGGAUGAGGAUCCCCUCAAGGCUGCCAAAGAUAGGCCUUUCCAGGGCUCUGAAAAAUCAGCAUGGUGCCCUGUGGAGAUCAGCAAGACAGUUCUCUGGCCAGAGAGCAUCAGCGUGGUGCGGUGCGUGGAGUUGUUUGAGGCCCCAGUGGAGUGUGAGGAGGAGGAGGUAGAGGAAGAUAAAGGGAGCUUCUGUGCAUUGCCAGAGAGCAGCAGGGAUGGCUUCCAGGAGGGCAGGGAGGCCAUUGUGGCCCGGCUCACAGAGAGCCUGUUCCUGGACCUGCUUGGAGGUGAGAAUGGGGACUUUUGCCAGCAGGACAUGGGGGAGUCAUGCCUCCUUCCACCUUCAGGAAGCACGAGUGCUCACAUGCCCUGGGAUGAGUUCCCAAGUGCAGGGCCCAAGGGGGUGCUUCCCCGGGGUGAGGAGCAGCCUCUGCACCUGGAGCGAAGUCCUCCAGGCAGCCCAACCCGGAGCCCAGACAACCCGACUUGCACGGAGACGCCCCUGGUCAUCGCAGACAACCCUGCUUACCGCAGCUUCGACAACUCCCUGAGCCGGUGCCCAUGUCCCGGAGAGCUGGGUCCAGACCCACUGCUGGCCAGACACCUGGAGGAAGUGGACCCUGAGAUGCCUUGUGCCCUGCAGCCCUCUGAGCCAACCAAUGUGUCCCCUCCUGAGCCAGAAACCUGGGAGCAGAUCCUCCGCCGGAAUGUCCUCCAGCAUGGGGCGGCUGCAGCCCCUGCCUCGGCCCCCACCAGUGGCUAUCGGGAGUUUGCACAUGCGGUGGAGCAGGGUGGCAUCCCGGCCGGUGCCAUGGGGGGUUUGGGUCCCCCGGGAGAGCCUGCGUACAAGGCUUUCUCGAGCCUGCUUGCCAGCAAUGCCGUGUCCCCAGGGACAUAUGGAUUUGGGGCCAGCAGUGGGGAGGAGGGGUAUAAGCCUUUCCAAGAUCUCAUUCCUGGCUGCCCUGAGGACCCUGCCCCAGUCCCUGUCCCCCUGUUUACCUUUGGACUGGACAGGGAGCCACCUCGCAGCCCACAGAGCUCACAUCUCCCAAGCAGCUCCCCGGAGCAACUGGGUCUGGAGCCAGGGGUAAAAGGAGAGGACAUGUGGAAGCCCCCACUCCUCCCAGAGCAGGCCAUAGACCCCCUUGGGGACAGCCUGGGCAGUGGCAUCGUCUACUCAGCCCUCACCUGCCACCUGUGUGGCCACCUGAAGCAGUGUCAUGGCCAGGAAGAUGGUGGCCAGGCCCCUGUCGUGGCCAGCCCCUGCUGUGGCUGCUGCUGUGGAGAUAGGUCGUCACCCCCUACAACCCCCCUGAGAGCCCCAGACCCCUCUCCAGGUGAGGUUCCACUGGAGGCCAGCCUCCUUCCAGCCUCCCCGGCACCCUCGGGCAACUCAGAGAAGAGUAAAUCCCCACUGUCCUUCCAUCCUGCCCCUGGCAGUGCUCAGAGCUCAAUCCAGGUCCCCAAAAUCAUGAACUUUGUCUCCGGGGAACCCACGUUUAUGAGGGUCUCUUAGGUGUGUGUGGCCUCUUGUUGCUGAGGUCUGCAGAUGAGGACUGGGGCUUAUCCAUGCCUGGGAAAUGCCUCCUCCUGGAAGGCAGCCAGCCUGGCAGAUUUCUAAAAGACUCGAAGAACCGUGGUAUGAAGGUGUUAGUUCCCACUGACGUUGGCCUAACAGUGGGCUGCAGAGACUGGACCCCUCCCUGUGGCAUUGGGCUGGGCUUGCCGCAUCCCAUGAGAGUAGAGGGCACUGGGGAAACUGAGGCCCUUGGGCACCUUGACUUGUGAACGAGUUGUUGGCCGUUCCAUCCACAGCUUCUGCAGCAGAGUGUCCCGUUCCUGUUGUACCCACCCAAGGCAAGUUUUGUCCACCAAAUCACCAUGGCCCACGUCUCUCACCUGCCUCCAUCUCACUGAACUAGAAGCUGAGCUUAGAAACUAACAAAGCCAUCAAGGGAAUGACUAGGGCAGCCUUGGGAAAUCGAGGAGAAAUUGAAGUUCAGGGAGGCGGUCAUUGCCUAGAGGUGCUCAUUCAUUCAGCAGAGCUUCCUCGGGUUGAUGCUGGAGGCAGAAUCCUGGCUGUUAAGGGAUUCUCCUUCAGUGAAGGAGAGCAACAGAGGACAUGAAAAAUAGCUGUGACUAGAGCAGGGACAGUCUGCUGCCAAACACCCACGCAUAGUUGUAUGGCUCCUCUUAAUAAUGGGACCCCCCAGAAUAAGCACGCCCAGCUACCUUGUGGGCCAGACGCAAAGGACACGGUUGCUGGCAGCCACAGAGAAACCACGGACCCAGCCCAGGCAAUCCAGACAGCAGACAUCAGGCAGCGGCGACUCUGCACGUUGGCCCAGACGUCAGGUGCUGGGAAAGGCGGGGACCAUGGGUUGAGUAAUGCUUGUCUGUGUGUUUUGAAGAUAGAUAGUUUCAUCACCUGUUAUCUGUGUUUGCUGAGGAGAGUGGAACAGAAGGGGUGGAGUUUUGUAUAAAUAGUUUCUUUGUCUCUUUA